AUGGAGUUACCUUGGGUUGUUGGAGGAGAUUUUAAUAUUAUAAUGCAUGAGGAUGAGAAGAUAAGUGUCUUACUUGUGUAUCCACCUGAGUAUGAAGACUUUGCAUUCUGUGUAAACUCUUGUGGAUUAUUUGAUCUUGGAUACAAAGGCAUCCCUUUCACUUGGUGGAAUGGUAGACCAAACUCAGAAAGCAUAUUCAAAAGGUUGGACAGAAUAUUUGUUAACCUUCCCUUUCAGAAUCUUUUCCCAAAUAUUGAAGUGGAGCAUCUUAUUAGGACAAGUUCUGAUCAUGCCCCUUUAUUGAUAUGUUGUGGGGAAGAAGCUAUGCUGUUUGUUAAGCCUUUUAAGUUCCUUAACUUUUGGAUUAAGCAUGAGACCUUCAAAGAUGUGAAGCUAAAGUGGGUGAAAGCUGCUCUAUCCCAAUGGAGUAAGCUCACAUAUGGAGACAUCUUUACACAAUUAGCCAUUAGAGAGGAUAUUGUCAGGGUGAAGGAGAUGUUAUUUGAAGAUGAACCAAAUAUUCAAAAUAGAAUUAUGCUCCAAAAGGCACAAGCUGAAUUGAAGAAAUAUCACAGCAUUGAGGAACAGUAUUGGAAGCAAAACGCAGGCAUAAAAUGGUUUGCUGAAGGUGUUAGAAACACAAGGUUUUUUCACAACCAUGUGAAUGGCAAGAGGCAGAGGCUGCAACUCAAAAGAAUUCAGAAUGGAGAUGGUGUUUGGUUGGAAUCUCAAGAUCUUAUGGCUGAUGAUGCAGUAGAUUUUUUCCAAAGACAGUUCACAUAG